AUGGUGCUGCUGAGCCCAACGGUUAGAGCGCUUGGAGAGCUACUGACCUCGUGUGAGAGUUAUGCUCUAAAACAUGGUCUCAUUUAUAAUGUUACAAAGAAUGAGUUUAUGGUAUUCAAGGCCGAUGGUGGUAAAUGCCCAGAAUACAUGCCCGUGAUAAGUCUGAAUGGAAGUGAAUUAAAACGAGUUCAUACAUUUAAAUAUCUUGGACAUUAUGUAACCGAUGACCUUGAUGACCAGAUGGAUAUUGAGAGGGAACGUAAGGCGCUGGCAGUUCGUUGUAAUGUGUUAGCGCGCGGGUUUGCACGUUGUAGCGCCGAUGUUAAAACGACGCUUUUUAAAGCUUAUUGUCAAGUGUUCUACACAUGCAGCCUUUGGGUUAACUACACUCAGCAAGCUCUCGGCGCCCUGCGGAUCCAAUAUAAUAAUGGAUUUAGGAUGUUGAUGGGGCUGCCGUGGUUAUGCAGUGCAUCAGGUAUGUUCACGACAGUUAAUGUUUCUGACUUCUACGCCAUUAUCAGACAUAAAUCUGCCUCGUUGCUCUGCAGAGUAUGA